UUGCCAAAAUUGAAAGACACCCGACGAGCACUUCAACCUCAAAAGGCACAAAAAUUGAAACACCCAAUUGCUGCCACGUCAAAGCGUAAAAUUGCAAUCGACGGCUUAAAUUGCAUUAAAAGAUCACAGCCAUCGCAUCCCCGGUAACGUUAACUUCUCUUUUUCCUUUCAAAUCUAAACUCGAAUCCAAAUGUGAAUUCGUCAGCAACUCCCACGACUAAACGCCCACAAUGUCAAAUUACCGAAUUACCCCUCUUUUUUGAAUUCCCUUUUUACAGCACUCUGUUCUUCUCUCUUUUUCUUCUCAUUCCUUCCUUCUUCCGAUCCAUUUUCAGAGUUCAGAAAAUGAAACCCAAUUGAAAAAUAAGAAGAAAUUCAAAGUGGGAACUCAGAGAAUCUGAGAAACAGAACGAAGCUCAGAAAAAUCUAAAUGGGCUCUUCAUAGAACGAUGAAACAGGGAGUGUUGAAUCGCAAUCAAUUUCCAAGAAGAACAAUCAUGGGGUUCGCUAAUUCCGCCAUUUUUAUAUUGUUUGUAAUUUCAUUUUCAUUUCCACAGCUUGUUUAUGGAAAUUCCGAAGUGAAAGCGCUGAUGGAGCUGAAGGCGUCUUUAGACCCAGAAAACAGAGUGUUAAGGUCUUGGACAAUCGACGGCGACCCUUGCGGCGGAAAGUUCGUCGGCGUGGCCUGCAACGAACACCGGAAGGUGGCCAACAUAUCGUUGCAGGGACGUGGACUCUCCGGCAAGGUUUCGCCGGCGGUGGCAGAACUGAAAUGCCUGUCGGGACUGUACUUGCAUUACAACAAUUUAUCUGGAGAAAUUCCUAGAGAGAUUUCUAGAUUGAAUGAACUUGCUGAUCUUUAUCUUGAUGUUAAUAGCCUCACCGGUGAUAUUCCUGAUGAGAUCGGAAAUAUUUCAAGUCUUCAAGUGUUACAGGUUUGUUGCAAUCAAUUGAGUGGGAAAAUACCAACUCAGAUAGGAUCUUUGAAGAAGCUAACAGUUCUUGCUUUACAACACAAUAGAUUAAGUGGUGAAAUCCCCACAUCACUAGGAAGUUUAGAAAUGCUUAAAAGGCUUUAUUUGAGCUUCAACAACUUAACUGGGACAAUACCUUUCAAAAUAUCAACAAUUCCUCAGUUGGAAGUUGUUGAUGUCAAAAACAAUUCCCUCUUUGGUCAUGUCCCUUCUGGUUUGAGGAAGCUGAAUGAAGGGUUUCAAGGAGAGAACAAUCCAGGUUUGUGUGGAGUUGGGUUUACUACAGUGAGGAAUUGUACUGUUUUUGACAAUCAAAAUAUGAAAGGAGAUGUGUUUCAGCCAUUUCUAUCAGAACCUAAUAUCACAGGCACAGCUCAAAAGAACAUCCCUGAAUCUGCUGACUUUUACAAUGCUAAUUGUAAUCAACUUCAUUGCUCAAAAUCCACAAGAGUUCCAAAAAUUGCUGUUGUUUCUGCUGUUCUUAUUGUCUCUGUGAUUCUGAUGGUGUCUUUGUUUCUCACUGUGUUUUGGUACCGUCGUCGUAAACAGAAGAUUGGCAACUCGUCUGUUUCGUGUGAUGAUCGGCUUAGUACGGAUCAGGCUCGGGAAUUCUACUCAAAGAGUGCUUCGCCGCUUGUGUGUCUUGAGUAUUCCCAUGGAUGGGAUUCAUUAGCUGAUGGGAUCAAAGGAUUGGGAUUGUCUCAGUAUCUCAGCAAGUUCAUUUAUAAUAUUGAAGAGGUUGAAUCUGCAACUCAGUACUUCUCUGAGGCUAACUUGCUUGGUAGAAGCAGUUUUUCAAUGGUUUACAAAGGAGUUUUGAAGGAUGGUUCUUCUGUAGCCAUUAGGAGCAUUAAUAUGACUAGUUGCAAGUCUGAAGAAGCCGAGUUUCUUCGAGGGUUGAACUUGCUAAGCUCUUUACGACAUGAAAACCUCAUUAGUUUGAGAGGCUUCUGUUGUUCCAGGGGCCGAGGUGAGUUCUUCCUCGUAUACGACUUUGCUUCGAGAGGAAGCUUGUCUCGGUAUUUAGACGUCGAAGACGGUAGCAGCCUUGUUCUUGACUGGUCUAAGAGAGUUUCUAUCAUCAAUAGCAUUGCAAAAGGCAUUGCAUAUUUACAUCGUGAAGAAGCAAACAAACCAGCCAUGGUUCACAAGAACAUAUCGAUUGAGAAGAUUCUCAUUGACCAUCAGUUCAAUGCAUUGAUCUCGGACUCCGGCCUCUCCAGACUUCUUGCAGAUGACAUUAUCUUUUCGUCUCUUAAAACCAGUGCAGCCAUGGGAUAUCUUGCACCUGAAUACAUUACGAUCGGUCGUUUCACAGAGAAGAGCGACAUAUAUGCAUUUGGAGUCAUCAUAUUUCAAAUUCUUUCAGGGACACGGAGACUUACAAACUCUCUUCUGCUGGAAGCGGAAGUAUGCAAAUUCGAAGAUUUUAUUGACAAAAAUCUGAAAGGAAACUUCUCAGAAUCCCAAGCUACAAAGCUAGCAAAUCUUGCUCUAUCAUGUACCAAUGAGCUCCCCAUCAAUAGGCCAACCAUUGAAGAUUUGAUAGAGGAGCUUACCAAAAUUUAGUUACCUUCAGCUUUAGGAGCAGCACAUUCUGGGUAGUUGAGAGUCGAUGCUUGUUUGAGAAUACACCGACAGGAUGCUUGUUUGAGAAUACACCGACAGAAGAGAACGAUGUUCAAUGAAGCUUCCAUUGUUGGAAGCUUCAAGAAAGGCAGGAACUGAAAGUUGAGUCUCCUGCAAAUUGAGAUGCACAUUAAUGAGGAAGAAGGGCAUGUAAAUUUGGGAAAAAUCUGUCUCUAUGGUUCAAGAUGUAUAAUAACAUGACUUCGCAAUGACCCUGCAAUUUAGAACUUCACUUUGUAUUCCUAUAAAAAUUGUACUAAAUCUUACUUUUAGUUCCUGAA